AUGAGAGGUGGCCCCGAUCUCCGCGCAGGGGACUCCGAGCGUCAUGUUAAGGUGAAGCAGAGGGCCUCAGUGCUGAACAUGCUAAGGAAGCUGGACAAAAUCAGGUUCAGAGGUCACAAGAGAGAUGACUUCCUCGAUCUAGCCGAGUCUCCGAACGCCUCGGACACCGAAUGCGGAGACGAGAUUCCCCUGAAGAUCCCUCGGACCUCGCCCCGGGACAGCGAGGAGCUCAGGGACCCUGCUGGUCCAGGGACCCUCAUCAUGGCUGCAGGGGUCCAGGACUUCAACCGGACAGAGUUCGACCGCUUGAAUGAGGUCAAAGGUCACCUGGAAAUCGCCUUAUUGGAAAAACACUUUUUACAGGAGGAGCUCCGGAAGCUGCGAGAGGAAACGAAUGCAGAGAUGCUGCGGCAGGAGCUGGACCGUGAGCGGCAGCGGAGGAUGGAGCUGGAGCAGAAGGUCCAGGAAGUGCUGAAGGCCAGAGCCGAGGAGGCGCCAGCUCAGCAGCCCCCGAAAGGACAGGCCCAGGUCAAUAAUGGAGCAGAACGGCGGAGCCAGGGGCUGUGCCCCCGGGUCCAGAAGUGGUUCUACGAGAAGUUCGGGGAGUACGUGGAGGACUUCCGGUUCCAGCCCGAGGAGAGCACCGUGGAGACAGAGGAGCCCCUCAGUGCCCGGAGGUUGACGGAGAACAUGAGGAGGCUCAAGCGCGGUGCCAAGCCCGUCACCAGCUUUGUGAAGAACCUCUCCGCCUUAUCUGACUGGUACUCCGUCUACACGUCCGCCAUCGCCUUCACCGUGUACAUGAACGCCGUGUGGCACGGCUGGGCCAUCCCCAUGUUCCUGUUCCUCGCGAUUUUGAGGUUGUCCCUCAAUUACCUCAUAGCCCGGGGCUGGAGGAUACAGUGGAGCAUCGUGCCCGAAGUGUCCGAAGUGGUGGAGCCUCCGAAGGAAGACCUGACCGUGUCUGAGAAGUUCCAGCUCGUGCUGGACGUCGCCCAGAAAGCCCAGAACCUCUUCGGCAAGAUGGCAGACAUUCUGGAAAAGAUCAAGAACCUGUUCAUGUGGGUCCAGCCCGAGACCACCCAGAAGCUGUACGUGGCACUGUGGGCCGCCUUCCUCGCCUCCUGCUUCUUCCCCUUCCGCCUGGUGGGGCUGGCCCUGGGCCUCUACGCCGGAGUCAAGUUUUUCCUCAUCGAUUUUAUCUUCAAACGUUGCCCGAGGCUGCGAGCCAAGUACGACACCCCCUACAUCAUCUGGAAGAGCCUCCCCACGGACCCCCAGCUCAAGGAGCGCUCCAGCACCACCGUGUCACGCAGGCUUCAGACGGCAUCCUCCCGGAGCUGCGUGUCCAGCGCACCCGCUGGCCUGAACAGGGAUGAGGACGCUGGCCGCCUGCACAGCGCCAAGAAGGGCAACUUCCACGAGAUCUUCAACCUGACGGAGAACGAGCGUCCGCUGGCGGUGUGUGAGAAUGGCUGGCGGUGCUGCUUGAUAAACCGGGACCGGAAGAUGCCGACUGACUACAUCAGGAACGGGGUCCUGUACGUGACGGAGAAUUACCUGUGCUUCGAAAGCUCCAAGUCCGGCUCCUCUAAGAGGAACAAAGUCAUCAAGCUGAUGGACAUCACAGACAUCCAGAAGUACAAGGUCCUCUCUGUCCUGCCGGGGUCGGGCAUGGGGAUUGCCGUGUCCACGCCAUCCACCCAGAAGCCGCUGGUGUUCGGCGCCAUGGUGCACAGGGACGAGGCGUUCGAGACCAUCUUCAGCCAGUACAUGAAGAUCACGUCCGCGGCAGCCGCUGGCAGUGACAGCUAG